UCACUUUAGACAAAUAGUUUAGAUUACUCUAGUCUAGAGUCUACUCGUCACACUCAUCAGAUCUGCUAGCUAGGCUGUGUUAUGUAUAGUCAGAGAGUAAAUCUAGAUCUAAUUAUUCUAAUAAGACUAUAGAUAAUAAGUAUAAAUAUUAUACAUAACUAUAGUAUAGUAUACUAUAUAAUAAAGUAUAAUAUAAGCAGGCUACCUAUUAGCCUAUUAUAUAGGCCUACCAGCAAAGACAAAUUGUUAUUACCGGAUUUAAGGUAGAGAUCUUAGAAAAAAUCAAAUCAUCUCCUUUGGGCUGAAAUAAUUUGACAGCAGUACCUCAAUUUCUUUUAAAUUCUUUCAUCUAUUUUGUGGCAGUUUUAAAGAAUGUCAGGAGGAGCAGAAGCUGAAGAUGCUUUAAAAUAUGAAAUUUAUACCAAGCUACCUAAUAAGCCUCUUGAACUCAAGGAAGUGAAAGCUGUGGAUAAAUAUGGAGAUGAUUUAACAGUUGGUCAGGUGACAGAAGAACUUUUCAAAACUGCUGGCAUUGCAAAUCCUAAGCAAUACAAAAUGGUUUUUGUUAAACUACAAGAGGCUGUUCCUGCACCAGAUAACAGUCCCAUGAUUGAAUUUAGAGACCAUCUCACCGGGGGAUAUGAAAUGCACUUUGAAUAUAAAGCUUUGUGUUGUUCUGAAAAGCUUCAUUCUGAUGUGUCAGCAUUCAAGCUCACAAUGGCCGUUUUUGAACCAGAAUCAGAACUAAUGAACAUUGAAAUGAAGGUAGUUUAUCCAGGAAAUCAUCCGAAUGAAUCUCAUCUUGUCAACCCUGAGAAUCUUGUUAAAGAGGAGAAAAAGAUUUUAUUGAAAGAGAUAAAUGUUACUGAUCCAGAGAAUUAUGUUUUGCUUCUAGUUGGUCCUAACAAACUUCAAACAGUUUUAGAUGAUUAUAGGAAACUAGAGUUUUAUACUAAUGAAAUGACUAUAAGCACUGAUUAUUAUUUGGAAGUCAAGACAAAAGAUACUGCUACAACCAUUCAGGCAAAACCAGUAAAUGCGGAUAUUUUUAAUAUUUCUAUGAAAUAGUAACAUUUAAGAAAAAUUACCUUACUUUUAGUGCCAUAAGAAAUUGAUGUUUGGUUCUUUAUUGCUUGAAAUUUUUCAUUUGUUGUGUUAUGUUUACAUUGUUAAUUAAAUAUUGAUUUUUGUUUGUUAUUUAAUAAGCUUAUUUGUUAUUUUAAUUUGAACUUAAAUAGCAAAUAUAAAUUUAGCUUUUUUAAUUCAAAACUUUCUUUGUUAAAAGAAAUGAAAUCUCCACCGCUAUAUUUAGGUAAUUCAUAUUUUUUUUUAUGUCUGCUCCAAGUGUUAGAAACUUACACUAUCUAGUUAUUUUAAAAUUUAUAUAAUUUUUUAAUAUCAACACCUUCUGCCAUGAAGUUGAAUUUUGUCCCCACAAGAUGUUGAUUGCCCUUACCGCCACUCUUGCCAAAAUUUUGUUGUUUUUUUUUUACAUGUUACUAUUAAGCAUUAAUACCAUUAUUUUAAAUGGCAAAUAAAUGCAGCAUUAAAAGAA